AUGUCGUUCCUCCCCAAUCCUUCUCUCCAAGUCACGGCCGACCACCAGAUCAAGCUCGUCGAGGCCCCCGUCCACGCCCCGGGCAAAGGGGAGGUUCUCCUUCACAUCAAAGCCACCGGAGUCUGCGGGUCGGACCUUCACUUCUGGAAAACCGGUCGCAUCGGCGAGCUCGUCUUCCACGGCGACUGCAUUAUCGGUCAUGAAGCCGCCGGUGUUGUCCUCAAGUGCGGCGAGGGCGUUACACAUGUGCAGCCUGGCGACCGUGUCGCCAUUGAGCCUGGCGUCCCCUGCGAAAAUUGCUUCCUGUGCGACGAUGGCCGAUACAACCUCUGCGAGGACGUCCAGUUCGCCGGUGUCUACCCUUACGCAGGAACAAUCCAGCGCUACAAAGUCCAUCCCGCCAAGUGGAUACACAAACUCCCAUCUAACCUGUCCUACCUUGACGGCGCCCUCCUCGAACCCUUGAGCGUGGUCAUGCGCGGUAUCCAAGUCGCACACAUCGAACUCGGCCGUGGCGUCGUCGUCUGCGGCGCCGGACCCAUAGGUCUCAUCGCAGCAGCAGCAGCACGCGCAUCUGGCGCCCACCCAGUCGUCAUCACAGACAUCGACGAGAGCCGCCUCGCCUUCGCGAAGGAGUACAUUCCCGCCACCACAACAUACCAGAUAAACCCAACACUGGACUCGGAGGGUAACGCCAAAGCCAUCCGCGCGCUCUUCGGGCCUGAUGAGUACAGCGCCCCCGACCGGGUUCUAGAAUGUACGGGAGUCGAAAGCAGCGUGGUUACAGCGGCCUUCACAGCGCGCCGGGGUGGAGUUGUUGUUGUUAUUGGUGUCGGCAAAGCUGUUAUGAAUAACCUUCCCUUCAUGCACCUCUCGCUCGCGGAGAUCGAUCUCAAGUUCAUUAACCGCUACCGCGAUACGUGGCCACCCGCGAUCGCCUGUCUGGCAGGUGGGCUCCUAGACUUGAAGCCCCUGGUAUCGCAUACAUUUCCGCUGGAACGAGCGCACGAGGCGCUGGAGUUAUGUGCAAACCGAGACCAGCCUAGCAUCAAGGUUACGAUUGUGGACGAGAUUGACGCGACGAUAUGA